AUGAGCUGUUGUUGGUCAAAAAAGCUUUUCGGACGUCGGUCGAAGCGAGAAGACUGCUACAAGGUUCAAGAAACUGAAGAAGCGAAGGAAGGCAUCCGAGGACCACCGGAAGGAGGAGAACAAAUUCCGCAAUAUUCAUGGUGAGUCACCGAAUCGUUCAGUUUUUAGCCGGCAACUGGAUGGAUUGCAGGGACCGCCGCGAAAAAAUCGAUCCGGCGGAGUUCACAGUUCAGGGACUGCACGGACAAACGUUGAAAAAGGAAGGAAAAGAGGGCGGACCUCUGCAAAUCGAAAACUGCACGGUGAUUCUGAUCUUCUUUUCCCGUUUGGGUGCUGUUCUCGUUGAAUUUCGAAACAUAAUCAGCACCUCAAACAUCUGCUCUACCGCAAUCCUUAAACCCGGCCGCGGCCGCGACUUUUAGCGGCAGAGCGCGAUCGUCAAACUUCCGUGACUGCAAUAGAACAUCAGUAUUUCCAGGAUUCUACCAUACUUUUCCUUCAUCGCACUUCCCAAGUAAUCAUCGACGAAUGCCGUCACUGCACGAUCAUUCUCGGACCGUCGGCAGGCAGUGUUUUCGUGCGCGACUCCUCGAAUUGCACCAUUCUGCUGUCGUGCCAACAGCUGAGAACUCGCGACUGCACCUCCGUCCGCAUCGGAAUUCUCUGCCCGACCGAACCGAUCGUCGAGAACUCCAACGACGUCUUCUUCCAUCAUUUGGCCUUGUUCUAUCCAGAGUUGAAGGGUGAUUGUUGACUUGUGAAAUGCCCGCCAAUCGGAAGUUUCUCUUCAGAACAAAUGUACGCUGCCGGUCUCCGUCCGUUCACGAAUCGUAUCGUUUCGGCUCACGACUUCACUCCUGCUGGCUCAGACGGAAAGAAAAACUUCAAAGUUUUCGUUGAGCCUGUUACACUGGUAAGCGUCCUGUGACUUCUUAAUGCUCCAAUUCGCAUUAAUCCGUUAACGUGACUUUCUCCGUUUCAGUCCAAUGAGCAGGAAUCCCUUCUCUCCGACAACGACGUCUCCCUGUUGUCGCAUCCCGACGAGUUCAUUCCCCGUUUCUCCGACGUUUCCGAUAACGAUCCCACUUUUGUUUUUGUGCUCGGGAAGGCGGAACCGGCGGACGAGCUCGGAGACAAGGCGAACGAGUUGCUCCGUGCGGUGUACUCGGCCGAGAUGAAUGUACAGGCGACUUAUGACGUCGCCACGAAGGACAUUGACGCCAAGAUGAUUCCGUUCGCUGGCAAGGCCGGUGAGCUUGGAGUUUAGAGUCACUGGAAAGUGACUGAAUUCAAUUGCAGAGCGCAUGAUCCUCCUCCAACUUUCCGGAAACUUGGCCCAACUGGAGACGGACGUCGAGUUCGAUCUGAUUUCGGAGAACGACAUGGAGCCAUUGCAGAAGCUUCUGAUCCAUCUGAACGGGAAGAAAAGUGGCUGA